UCCAUUUCGUUAUCCUCAUUUUCCUUCACUCUUUCUUCCACUCUCUCAGAUCCAUUUCCAACCAUGGCAGCAACCACCGCAACCGCCACCUUAACCACCCUCACACUCUCUUAUCCUACACCCUCAUCUUACCCUGCGCACCACCCCAAAACCACCCUCCACUUCCCAACACCCCUCCGCCGCACCAUCCGCCUCCGCCCCAUCUCCGCCGUCUCCGAGAAAGUCGAGAAGCUCGGCGACGACAUCUCCAGCCUCACACUGGAACAAGCCAAGACCCUCGUCGACUACCUACAGGACAAGCUCGGCGUCUCCGCAGCCUCGUUCGCACCCGCUGCCAUCGCCGCCGCGCCCGCGGCGGCUGAUGCUGCUGUAGCGGUGGUGGAGGAGCAGACGGAGUUCGAUGUGGUGAUUCAGGAGGUGCCGAGUAAUGCUAGGAUUGCUGCGAUUAAGGCGGUGAGAGCGCUGACGAGCUUGGCGUUGAAGGAGGCGAAGGAGCUGAUUGAAGGGUUGCCGAAGAAAUUCAAAGAAGGGGUUUCUAAGGAUGAAGCUGAAGAUGCUAAGAAACAGCUUGAAGAAGCUGGUGCCAAAGUUGCCAUUGUUUAGGUUUUCGCUUCUCUUCUCAAUGUUUUGAUUUUCCUCAAUUUUACUCUCUUUGUGUAAUUUCGUAGUAAUAAUAUGUAGUUUGAGUUCAAUUUGUAAAAGAGGUUUGUUGAUUCCAGUUUCAUAACUCAAUUCAUUGGAGAUUUUGGACA